UACUUUCAUUCUAAUAAUCACACUAUUUCUCUCUAAUUCUCUGGAGGACCUGGAGGACAGUGAAAGUCGACCCAAGCAUUUCCAUGAUCACGACAGGUGCGAUAUUCGCACGUGCGGUAAUGAAUGCAUCGGGGUCUGACGAAAAAUGCUUUUAACUAUUAGAAAGCUGCAUUCUCAAUCACAUUUUCUCUGCUUGAACUAAUAACAGGAAAGCACUGGUUCGUUUCCCACACCGAAUUCUGAAUCAGAGAGAUCCGUCCGUUUUUGAAAGAAAAAUUUGAAUUUGACGAACUGCGUCGAUCGAAGAAAAAGAUUAUUUAUUUUUUCACUUCAAUAAAAAAUGAACGAAACUUUGGGCAACGUAAAUGGCACCUCUUGGCAAACAGUUUUUAUCUUCUGCUGGUUUGGUUCGACGAGCUUAAUCAUUGCCAUUUUGAACACUACAAUUUGCACUUUGCUUUGGACGCAAAAGCGACUUCACAACAUCAGCAACUUGUUCUUUGUAAACUUGGCCUUUGCAGAUAUUCUGGUCGGUUUUGUGGCAAUACCAUGGAAGAUGUUAUGCUUUGGAGUCUCACCCGUACCUCAAUGGCUAACAGCAGUUGUCACGGCAGUAGAUUAUGUAUUAAGCUUAUCUUUCCUUAGCAUUUGCGCCCUAACUUACGACAGAUAUCAAGCAAUUCUCUAUCCACUUACGUACUGCAUCAAAAUGGCCGGUCCAAAGGUGUGCAAAGUUCUGUUCUUAGUUUGGAUUCUACCAGGAAUAAACUUUUUCAAGUUGCUUUGGAUCCUGUCACCAGAAAUCUCUUUUCAACCCUUCAACGGCACUUUCGAUGCAUUUCUUUUCUCUUUCUUACUAAUGGCAACUGGGGGAGUUGUUUUCGCAUAUGUUCGAAUUUCUCGCGCGGCCACGAUGCAGGAACACCGAGUGCGGAAAUUAAACGGCCGUGCCUCGAGAAAUCAACGAUUAAAGUUAACCAAAGCAAUCAGGUCCUGCCUCGGCGUCACAAUCUGUUUUGCGUGUUGUUGGUUGCCACGAGGAAGUUACCUGAUUGCAAGAAUUUCUCACUUUUCUAAGUCUUACGGGGAAUACGACCUGAUUACAUUUGGCUUAAUGUCUUUAUCUCCAGUAUUAAAUCCAAUCAUUUAUUCCAUCUUCAACCGCGAUAUAAAAAGAACGCUGGAGUUACUUUGGACCAGAUGCCGAGAAAAAUCGAGAUUGCAGAACCAAACGUUUGGAAGUUCUCGCGCUAGUUCAUCACGGACAGUCAACACGAUCAACAGCGGAGUACACAUUGAACUGUCAAGUAAUGCAAAUUUGUAGUAUUAGGCAAUUUAA